AUGACUGAAUCUUCUCCUGUUCUUGAGGGCGUUUUCGCCAUUCACAAGCCAAUUGCUGUAUCGUCUGCUCAAGCUCUGCGUGAUCUUCAAAAACACCUGAACCCCUCCAACACGUUCGCUCCCUGGAUGGAAGCCGAAAAGAACAAACGCGACCGCGAUGCGAAUGCAGGCGGCCAAUACCGUAAACGUUCCCGCAAACAGAGACAGGCAGUUCAAGUCAAGCUUGGCCACGGUGGAACUCUCGAUCCUUUGGCUACUGGUGUGCUGGUUGUAGGAGUUGGUAGCGGGACCAAGAAGCUGCAAGGUUUCCUCGACUGCACAAAGGUGUACGAAACCGUUGUUGUCUUCGGCGCAGCGAGCGACACCUACGAUACAGAGGGCCAGGUCGUCAAACGCGCACCCUAUCAACACAUCACCAAAAGCAUGGUCGAGGAGGCUCUCCAGAAGUUCCGCGGUGAUAUCAUGCAGAGACCGCCCAUCUUCUCGGCUUUGAGGGUUCAGGGCAAGCGUCUGUACGAGUAUGCAAGAGAGGGCAAGGAGGUGCCCGUCGAGAUCCAGGAACGACCAGUUACGGUGUCACAAAUGGAAAUGGUAGAAUGGCUGGAGCCCGGCACACACAAGUACAAUUGGCCCGAGAAGGAAGCAGAAGAUGAGGAAAAGAAGGUAGCGGACAAACUCUUGCCGCAGGUCGCUGAGGAUACCCAGGCUGUUGCUGGUGAAGAGACGAAAGUCGACACUGAAGAGUUGAAGAGGAAGAGAGAGGGUUCUGACGGUCCCGAGGCCAAGAAGAUCAAGAGCGAGGGCGCGGAGGCCGCAGAUCAAGCACCUCCCGUGGACACAGAUACUCCCGCAGAAGGGAGAAAGCCAUGUCUGGCACCAGCAGCUCGUUUGAGGAUGACUGUCUCAUCUGGCUUCUAUGUUCGCAGUCUGUGUCACGAUCUAGGCGCAGCUGUUGGCUCGCUUGGUCUCAUGGCUGCGUUGGAAAGAUCACGACAAGGCGAAUUCGAGCUAGGCAAGAACGUGCUUGAGUUUGAGGAUCUCGAAAAGGGCGAGGAUGUGUGGGCACCAAAACUCACAAACCUUUUGAUGCAAUGGGAAAAGGACCAUCCCGAGGACAAGGAUGGCCACUCACGCAUCACAGCAAAGAGACAAGGAACACCUCCACCUGCAGAGCAACAACGUCGCAGAAACUCGUCUUCACCACCAGCAUAG